CCAACAGAUAGAUGAGAUUGAGGCGAAAGGGUCACUUGUAGAGAGAGAGAGAGAAGAGAGAGAAGGGGAAAGAGGUUGCUGGAGAAGCUUUCCAAUUUGAGGAAACAGAGGACGGAUUUUGCGAAGGAUCGUUGAAGAAAUUGUUGUUUGAUUCGCCUGAGUAUGUGGUGAUUUUUUUAUUUUGAUUUUGGUGUUGAUUUGGGGAGCGGAUGAAUUAGAUGAGAUAUGGAAUUGAAUAUCUGCAUCUGAUUGGAGGCGUCGGCGAUGGAGAGGAAUCGGGAAGGAAGGAGGACGAGUAUUUUGGGAUCGAAUGGAUUGAACAGACGGAGACACAGAACGAACAGUUACAGAGAUUCUCCAGAUGAAGAUGGAGGACUGGAGCUGCACGAAUCAGUACGGCCGAGGGACAGAGUGAAGAAGGAUCGAGAUCGAGAUCGGGAGCGGGAGCGCGAGAGAGACAGAGACAGAGACAGAGACAGAGAUAGAGAUAGAGAUAGAGAGAGAGACAGGGAGAGGGAGAGAGAGAGAGAAAGAGAUCUCAGAGACAGGUCUAGGAAUAAGAGGAGGAGAGCUGAGAGAUUGAUGAGCAGCGGCGGAGGCGAGACUUCCGAAGAGAGUAUGAACGACGAGGAGUAUGAUGAAGACGAAGAAACCGCCGCCGUUGCCGGAGUCAGGGCGUUGCCGGCGACUAUGGCUUCCAAUUCCGACAACCACCACUACCAGAACCACAACGGAAGUCUGACUCAACAGCACAAUAAAAACAGUACUAACACCAUUUCUAGCAAUAAUCACCAUCUUCAACAUCGGAAAACCUUCCCCCCUGUUUCUUCUACUUUUCCUAAGGCUGGUUACAAAGCAGGCUCCGUUUGGAAAUCCGGCGAUGAAAUCAUCACUGUUCCUGUUCCGAGAAGAGCUCGUUCCGCAUCUACAAAGAGGGCGUACGAUUGGAAUUCAAACGGCGGUAACACCGCCGGCGUUGCUGAGCAAGUUCUCCGGCGAGCGGAGAGUUCCCCGGCGAGACAAGGCCAUGGUUGCUCGACGUCAGGGCGGUCUCCAUCGCCGGCGGCUCCAAUGUCUCCCUCUUCUUCCAAUGCUUUCUUUAAAAAGAAACUUUCUUCCGGUGGGUGCAAUGGUGUGCCGAAGGUGAAGCCUCCCAAGACAUCGUCAUCAUCAUCAUCCAAGCAGAAUACCGGGAAUCCUGAAGAGCUGGAGAUCGAAAUUGCUGAGGUCUUGUACGGUAUGAUGACUCAAUCACAAAAUAAAGAUGAUCCGAGUCUGCUGCCAAAGUCCAGUCCCCUUGAAGCCGUCGCGCCGAAGAGGAAGAGGCCCAGGAAAAUCCCAGAGAUUUCUUGUAGCUAUGAUGUUAGGAAUAAUCCAGUUUCUGCCAUACAAGAGAUGGAUCAGAAUCCGAAGAGCGAAAUUUCAUCUCCUAGUUUGGAGAAAUCCUCAGAUGCAAACGGGGUUGAAACAAGGGGCAAUUCAGUUAUUUCACAAGGACAGCCGGAGGUCGGCGCGGAAAUGAAGCCGGGUGCUGAAGAACUAAAGGAAAUAGAAUCUCAGACAGUUGGGAUUGAGGAUGCGAUAAUGACCGCAACCGUUUCCGAGGCAGAAGUUGUGAGGGAACAAAAAUUGGAAAUAGAUCUGAUGGCUCCGCCUCCUCAAGCAAGAUCAUCGCCAGAAAGGGGCGAGUCCAUGAUUCGUACAAGUGAUCAAAACACGUCUCCACCGCAACUCGACACUGAGAUGAAACGUGUGGUGUCUGAACAUAAAGAAGGCGAGGAGGAGAGUUCGAAGGACCCGGUAGUAAAUGCGGCAGUUGAAGUAAGUAACAGUAAAGCUACAAGUGAAGAAGAAUCUGAGCCAAAGAAGGAAAUUGAGAACAAGGGCCUACAGUUUGAUUUGGAAGAGGUCGAUAGAAACGGGAGCGCUGGAGUUAAUGCUACCGAUGGCAACACAAAGCCUCAGCAGCAGGAAAUACCACGUAAAUCGAGCAGAGGAGAGCCACAGAUCGAGAAAUCCGGCCACCAGUCUAAAGGCUCUUUACCUUUGCCUGUUCCUGUGGCUAAUUGGCUCGGCAGCCUUUCCCCAUUGGGAUAUGUGGGGCCGUUGCCCGGAGUUUUGUCUAUGGAUGGCAGCACAGUUGCGCCGGCGCCUAUUCAGUUUGUGCAGCCGAUGUUUUCGCAACCCCGGCCGAAAAGAUGCUCGACGCACUGCUACAUAGCUUCGAAUAUACACUGCAUUCAGCAGGUCAUGAAAAUGAAUCCUUUCUGGCAAGCAGCAACCGGCAAUCAUGGCGUCGUCGCACCUUCCGAUCUGCUUGGACAUGUCGCCGGUCGAUCAUCAUCAUCUUCAUUGGGUCUUAGCAAUCCACAAGACAAGAUUCAUACUCAAAGCAGUAACAGUCGCUCCGAGAAGGACAAAGGAAGUAGCUUUGAUUCUGCUCCGAAAAAGCAGCCGCAGCCGCAGCCGCAGCCGCAAAUUGUAAUGCAGCCGACUAAUUUGCUGGGGCCGACUUUUUUACUCCCUUUGAACCAGCAACAGCAGGCUGCCAUCAAAUCCGCUUCGACAACAAGUGGUACAGCUGCGUCAAACCCUUCACCCGCCACCACCGGCGCAAAUUCAAGCUUCAACUACCCGAACAUGGCUACCGGCGAGACGACGCAGUACGUGGUCUUACCGAAUAAUGCAUACCCUUUCCCCAUCCCGGCGAUCACCGCGCCGCCUCCUAACUACCGGGGAACUCCGGGGCAGGCGAUGCCAUUCUUCAACGGGCCAUUUUAUUCGUCGCCGAUGAUUCAGACGUCGGAGCUCCGGCAACAUCACGUAUCCUCCGCUCGAUCGGCUCAACAGCAACAACCCAAUGGGAGUCUCCCCAGCAGUUCCCAGAAACACAAGCCGCCGCAAAACGGUGGGACCGGAAGCGUGAACUUGUCGAACUUCCAGAGCCAGAAGUCGGGUGGCGGAUGUGACGAAGUUCCGGCGACUGAUGGCAAAGGUUCCCGGCCUGUGACGGCGAAUAUUUACGGCCAGAACAUCCCGGUGUCGAUCUUCCCGCAGAACUUCGCCUUCGUGGCUCAACCAGGCGGCGCCGCCGCUGCCGCCCCCGCCGGUGGAAGUGGUAAUCAAAGCGAGAAACUGCCGCAGCUAUCUCUGCCUCACAACGGCUUCGCGCUGUCGUUCGGUCCGGCUAAUGGUUCUAAUUCUGGUCCGGGAAUCGACAUGGCGUCGAUUGCACAGAAUCAUGCCGUCUUUCAGAGCUUACCGCAGGAAGCUACGCAGCAGAACAUCCAGUCAAUGGCCGCCGCCCCGAAAAAGAAUUUGCGGAUGUCCGAAGAGGAUAAGGAUAAGGCCAGCGGCGACGAUGAAAGAAAAUCUUCGGUCGGGCAAUCUAUUGCAUUCAGUAGAUCGGAAAUGGGCAACGCUACGUCGUCUUCCGUUCUAGCCCACAACGUAGUCGAGAGCUCCGUACGACCGACGAACGGGCAGAUUCCCGGUCUUCUUCAAGUAAAACAGCCCCUGCAGCAGCAACAGUUGUCGAAAGCAACCUCCGGGGCCUCCGCCAUGGCUGCCAAGUUCCCGCAAGCUCUCUCCGGUUUCCCUCAAAACCUCAACGGCAACGGCAGCCCAGCGCAGUCCCCCCAGUGGAAAAGCUCGACAAGGACGGCGCCAUCCCAAGCUUCGUCGAACUUGAAUCUCAAAGCGUUCUCUCAUCAUCAGCAGCCGCAGUCCCGGCCUCCCCAGACGAUGCAAGCUCAAAUCUCGUUUGGCGUAAAUCAGAAACCGGUAGCACAGGCUAAGAGCUCGACGCCGUCUCCGGGAGCUGGCGGGAGCCCAAGAGCGGCGACAUCAGAUCAGCAGGUGAAGAAGUCUUCAUCGAUUCUCGGCAACCCUCUCGCCGGUCCGUCCUCUGGAAAGCCGACGACAAUGCAGCAGACACAGCUGUUCUUCUCGAAUCCAUAUUCCCAACCGCCGUUGAGUACGGCUCCUCCCGCUUCUUCCCCGAGCAGUUUCUACAUGCAGCCGCAGCGAAAAUUGCCGGGGACGGCGACUGGGUCGGGGCCAGUUCCCGACCACCGCCACCAGUCUCCCCAGCAGCCACCAACUUCGACCGCCGGGGUUUUAUCGACAGGAAACGGAAUCACGAACGAUCCGGCUAAAGCAUUGGCGGCUGCCACCGUUACCGUGAAGAGCGGCGGCGGUAAUGCGCCGACUCCACAGGGCAUUGUUCAAGCUGCUCAAUUUGCUGCGGCGGCGCAGUCCACCGGAGCGAUCGGCUUCGCCUACCCUCACCCUGUUCCGGCUAAACCGGCCGAGCAGAAACAGCCUGCCGGUUAAUGCAACUAGCGGCGGAGGAACAAACGAAGUUUUUGAUCGUGCCGGCAAUGUGGUCGAUGGAAGGGAAUUGGUAAUUGCUAGCUUCGAUCUCGCCGGCCCCUGCCGGCGCGAUUGAAUGCGGGAAGCCGAGCCGAGACGAACAAGAAGGUAGAGGAGACUAAGGGAGACAAAGGAAGAAAUUGGGAAGAAAGAAAAAGACAAGGUGAGAGGCUUUUUCUUCCUUUGUCUAUGAUCAAUUAGAGCUCGCUCUUCUUUGCUGUGUUUUAUGAUUUGGUUUUGAUUUUGGUAGAAGGAAAAAGCACAUAAGAAAUCUACAAUCAUCACAAAACGUUCUCUUCCGGAGAUAUUUUAUUUAGAUUUUUAUAUAUAUACACAUAUAUUUAUACACACACAUACACAUACACGUGUUUGUGUGUGUUGUAAAUGUGUUUGGCACAUUGAAGAUGAUGAUGCACCUCCCCCCCUUUUGGUUGGUUCAUCAUUGAUUCUUUUAUUUUUAAUUUUUUGGUUUUAAUAUCGUUUUUUGGUCCCCA